AUGACUGUCAUUCAACAAAAUCUGGAGACAUUGUUAGCGCUGAGUAAAAAACUGGCUUCAAAAAUGCAAAACUGUAAGCCAAGGAACAAGGUAGAGGAGGAUUAUGUUGUCACUGUUAUGAAAGGUAUUGGAAAUAUCAAACAUCUAGAGAACAAUAUCGUCGACAAACUUGUACACUGCGCGGCAGACGACAGUGUUAAAGCUAGAGUGCGAGUUGCGGCACUUGAAGCAUUCCAUGCAGACCCCUGCUCCGCUAAGAUUAAGAACACAGACUUGGAAUUGAUGAAGAAAAGGAAUUUGGACUCGGAAAUUCGCAUCAAAGCAUAUUUAGCUGUGAUAGCCUUUCCUUGUGGGAAGUCUACCAAUGAAAUAAAGAAACUCUUAGAUUCAGGGCCGGUUCAACAAGUUCGGCGUGUACUAAACGGACACGCCGAACUUAAUUUAUCUGUCACCGAAAAACGCGGAGAACCUGCUUCAAUAAUCACCUAUAAGGGAAAACUUAUCAACACCAAUUAUGAUAAGGACACUUUGGACUACGAAGGACAAAUUGAAUUGAUCCUCAGGAAUUGCAAACAACUUCUAAAUUCCUUCACUUUUAAAAAUGUUCCGUUAGGAGAUGAUAAAUUCCAAUUUGACGUCAAGAUUGAUGUCAAUGGCAAUCUCAUACCAAAACCGGCAACAUUAACAGCAAGUUCAACUUACAGUGAUAACGACUUAUUUGAUGAUAAGUACAGGCUCAAGGCUUACUACGGCGAUAAUCUGGGAAUCAUGUUUGUUGGUGACUGGAUAUUUAAGAUUGAAGAUGGGGUCAAAAAGGGAGUCUCCUAA